AUGAGAAGCAAUAAGUUAACUGGGGAGUUGCCUUCCUCUUUGAAGACUUGCACGAGCCUUAAAAUGCUAGAUGUGGGGGAAAACAGAUUGUCAGGACCUAUACCUUCAUGGCUUGGAGAUGAAUUACAACAGUUACAGAUGUUAAGUUUGCGAAAUAAUCGCUUUUCAGGAAGCUUACCAUUGCAUCUUUGUUAUUUAACAAGCCUUCAGCUCUUAGAUCUCUCUCUGAACAAUCUAUCCGGGCAAAUAUUCAAAUGCUUGAAGAAUUUUACUUCAAUGAUCCAGGAGAGUUCAACAAAUCUAAUGAGUCCUUCCAUGUCCAGUAACGGAUCAACACCCUUCUAUCAAUAUGAUAUAAAUGCAUUGCUCAUGUGGAAAGGUGCACCACAAAUGUUUAAGCAUAGCAAGUUGUUGAAAAGCAUUGAUCUUUCAAGCAACCAAAUAAAGGGAGUAAUUCCAGAAGAAAUAGUGGAUUUAGUUGAGUUGAUUUCUUUAAACCUAUCAAGAAACAGCUUGUCUGGAAGAGUUCCCUUUGGGAUUGGUAGGUUAAUGUCAUUAGAAUUUCUUGACUUGUCAAGAAACAAUCUAUCUGGAUCAAUCCCUUCUAGUCUUGCUCUUAUUGACCGUCUAACCAUGUUGGAUUUAUCACAUAACCAACUAUCUGGGAAAAUCCCAACUGGCACACAGUUGCAAAGUUUUAAUGGCUCAAGCUAUGAAGAAAAUCUUGAUCUUUGUGGAAAACCACUUUAUAAAUCGUGUUAUGAGGAGAAAACACCUCAAGAACCAGUUGAGGUCCAAGAAGAUGAGGAUUCAUUUAUAUCCAAAGGCUUUUAUUUGAGUAUAUCACUUGGAUUUAUAAUAGGAUUCUGGGGUAUCUUUGGCUCAAUAUAUUUCAAUCGUUCUUGGAGACAUGCCUACUUCAAGUUCUUGGGCAAUGUGGCUGACUGGAUUUAUGUCAAGGCAGCGCUGAAUGUAGCAAAAUCCCGGAGGAGAAUUUUCCCUGAAGUCAUCUACUUUGGGCCUGGUUUCCUUCGCUGGAGAUCUGUCAGGGGACUAGUGUUUGCUCAACCUGACUUCAAUCUCUCAUUUUCCAGCAGAUGGCUAUGCCCAUUGUAUUCAUUUGCCCGCUACACAUUCUUAUUCUGUAGCCAUCCAUGUGAACGGGCAAUCGACGAGGAAAUUGGUAAGCAUUUUGCUUUUUCAAGUCAGGUUGCUGAUGGACUGACUUGA